AUGGGUGCCGAAGAGUCAAGGCCACGAGCAUCUGGAGGACUUAGUGAUCGAGAUGGUGCAAUUGAUUUUACUGAAUUCAUAGUAGGAAUCACCGUUUUUCGGGAAAAAGCUCUAGAGACGCGACUUGAACGAGUGUUCGAUAUAAUCGAUGUAUCGGGCGAUGGAUAUAUUAGUUUCGACGAGAUGCUCAAUUUCAUGUCCAAAGUGCUGAUACUGGCAGAUCCCCAAAAAAGGAAGAAUAUUGAUGGGAAAACUCUUGCUGCUAUGGUCUUCACUAUGUUUGGUCUCAACAAUACAUCCCAGAAAAUAAGCAAACGUCAAUUUAUAGAAGGAAAAGAUUCACAUCCACACCCACACCCACCCCCUGAUUGGAAAAUAUCUGAAAAUACAAAUGUUAUUAUUUGGCCAGGAAAUUCCUUAAUACCUCCGACUGGUCGAGCAAUACUUAAAGAUGUACCUAUAAGAGUUGGUAUUAUUGAAUCAAUUCCAUUUACAAUAGUUACAAAUGUUAUUGAUGAAUCUGGACAGAAUACAACGAAACUAACUGGUUAUGUACCUGAUCUUAUUGAAUUGUUAGCUGAUAAAAUUGGAUUUAUUCCAAAAAUUCAAUUAGCACCAUCAAAUCAAACAUAUUCAGGAUUAAUUCAAGUAGUAGUUAAUGAUGAUUAUGGUAUUGCUAUUGGUGAUGUUACAGUUAUUGCUACACGAAGAGAAUUAGUUGAUUUUUCUAAUGCUAUAUUUGAUAAUUCGUUACGUAUAAUAAUGGGAAAAACAUCUGAUGUUACUAUUGAAUUAUUAUCAUUCUUAAAAGCAUUUUCACGCAAUCUUUGA